AUGUGGCUCAUCAACACCACCACCUUCGAGCGCGAGUUCCGGCAACAAGAAUCCAGCAGGCAUGGCCCCGGGCAUGAUCAAAGUGCUCGAUACCUGUCAGCUUGCCAGGUGCAAAGGCAUCCUAUCCCGUACGUCUGGGUGGACAUUUGCUGCAUCGACAAGACCAGCAGCGCCGAGCUUUCCGAGGCCAUCAACUCCAUGUUUCGGUGGUACGAGAUGGGUGAGCCCCUGCGGUCCCCCUUGCUUCCCAACUCGAACCUGAAAACCACAGACAAAGAGUCGCAAACAUUCACCAGAGCGCUCGGGACCGUCCUCGGGGUCAAGUCCUCGCCCGGUCGUCCCGGCGAGUCUGGUUCGGCCACCCAAGUCCUGUGCCGGCACACGGCCGAAGGUGGCUCGGCGGGGGAAGGGGUUCGGGAGUCGAUUGCAAAGUGGGAUAGCUGGCCGGCCGAGUACGCAGCGGCCCAGCUGCAAGAGUUGUACUCUCCAGACUCUAUCCCGAACGGACAUUUUAGCGGCGUAUUCAUACUUCCCGAGAUUAACUACCCGCUCCUUUACGUCGUACGGAUUGCACCAGAUAUGCGGUCACUCAGCGCCAAGUUUGCAAUCGAGACGAAUUUGGAGGUGCCAGCAGUGUACGGACGGAUUAGCAUGAGCAGACAAAGAGGGCUGGAUAAGACGUAG